AUUCCACUAGUUAACCUUAGCAUCUUUUCCUUUUCACCCCAACUACAUCUCCGGCUUUCUUAACUCGCUCACUCGUAAUCUUCUUCAUUUCUUCCAUGCUGGACCAGGAUAUGAAUUGUCAAAACCUCGUACAGAUCUUAAUAGAAUCAUUUAAUGCAUUGGCCGAUGAAGUUCAAAACUUGAGCGACAGGCAGACUGUCCUGGAGCACAAACUUCGAUAUGCACACGAGCAGUUCCAGUAUCUAGCCGAUAAAUAUGCUCCGACGGCGCCUGAGAUUUCAGAGACGCUAUUGAAUCUUCAGAUUCCCCCAGAGUUGCACAAUCCAUCCCUAGCAAACAAUAGUUUUGUUCCCUUGCCUAGAAGGAAAACCUCAGACUCUAAACAUCAAAUUGCCGUCAUCAUUAGGGAAGGUAGACGUGUUGCUUCUUCCUUAACAGCUACUAGCAAGAGCAGUCGAUCUAGCAGAGACAGUCUUCCUCCUACCACAAUGACGACCCUUUCCACUAUCCUCGAGCAGGACUUUACUAUCCCGGGAAAGAAGAGCAACUUAGAUUGUCCCUUCUCCCAGACCGCCAGAGAAGAGAAGCAGAAUGAGGAGCCUAGUAACAUACCUGGUAAAACGGUGCAUGAUAUAGAAGAUCCCAUCUGUGCGACUAUGUAUGAUGAUCCAAGCUCACAGCCUGCUGCUUCCAAAUGCCCAAUUCGAUACAUGGACCAGCACUCGCCAGAAGAGAUCGCUCACUACUUGGAGACACACAAGCACGAGUUGCCAAGGAGUCACGAAAUCUGUGUGCGUAGGUAUCAAAAGAAUGAGGAACACAUUAGGAAGCUAGAUGCCAAGUAUGGCAAUCUUGCUAACAUGGUUGAAGGUCUCAGUCGGAUCCAUCAACCUAUGUUGCCUGAACGGGACACACGACCUCAGAGCGAGGUUGAAAGAACCUCGAACGAUCGUGUUGUGACCUGGGCUCAAACGGUGAGCGCGACGGCCUCGGAUGAUCCGGAGCAUACUGCUUUAGAACAUCAUGAGGAUGAUCUAGAUGAUCUGGACAGGCAAAGCCGCUUCGACCGACCUCUUAAGGAGGUCCGAGUUGGUGAAUCGCCGAGCCGUCCUUGGGGCAUCUCAGUGCCCGUGUUCGAUACUCCACCGGGUGUCGAAGGGAUGGGUCGACCUGAGUCCCCUCCGCCAGCGCCCGUUCAGAUUCCUUCAUCGCUGCCUCCUCAAGUGACGCCGGCAAAGACAGGAAAGUGUCCCUUCGAUCACACGAAGCUGACGGAUAUGAUGAACGGCUCUCCACUGAAACGCGAAGAUAAGAACUCCGUUAGGUUUGGAGAUAUCCGGUCGAGUAGUCAAACUUCUAUUCCAGCUCAUGAGCCACGAUUUGCAGCCAGCAAUCCACGCCAGCCUACGUUUAUUAACCCGGCUGAGCUGGACCGCAAGUCGGACAAUAAGCCGCAGAUGCUAUUUACAGGCCCAGUCUUCAUUGGAUACCCUAUCGAGGAUGCGAUUCGGCUCAUGCAGAGCCUCCAAGGACAACAGUAAUAUCUUUGGUCGAGGUGAUUUCCUUCUCUGCCGUGGGUCAUACCUAGGAUCAUGGUUGGAGUUAUUACUAUUUUGAUUUUUUAGUUUCAUACGGGUUUAUUAUCGAGCAGGCUCAAGCAACAGACCUAGCCAGGGGGUAUUUGAUUUGAAGCAAGCGAAUUCGCACACACAGGGAAGGGUUGGACUGCUUUUGAAUGGCUGACAGAGUAUUGAUGGCAUGAUAACGUAAUGUAUGAGGCGUUGGGUUUUCUUUUUCUUUUCUUUACCUUUUACGAUAGCAUCAGUCGGGCGUUAGGAAUGAAGAAAGUAGCACGGACGAUACCCUUCAAGAGCAGGAAAUUGAGAAACUAGCUUUGAUACGACUUAUAACACAAUA